AUGGCUAGUUAUUUCAAAACUCCAUUUAAUAUUAAUGGUCAUCAUCAUUACAUUGAAGUAAAAGUACCAAAAAAUGAAACAUCAUCUACUAAUAAUAUAAUUUGUUGUGUUGAUGUAUCUGGUUCAAUGAGUGGUAGUCCAAUUCGUAAUGUUUGUGAAGUUUUACGUGACAUAUAUAAACGUACAAAAAUUGAAUAUCCAUUAUUUACAUAUAAUACAACAGCUAAUACACAAUUAACAAUAAAAUCUGUUGAAAAUCAAGAUUUAAAUGCAAAUGGUGGAACUAGUUUUAGUUCAGUUUUUACAGCUAUACAAAAUCAUUUAAUUAAUAAUCAAAAAUCAACGACAUUUAUUUUUAUGACUGAUGGUUUAGCCAAAACUGUUACAAUUAUAUUUCAUGUUAUUGGUUUUGGUGAUGUAAAUAAUAGUUUUUUAGAUGAAGUACGAAAACUUGGUACAAAAGAAGGUUUAUUUCGAUAUUCAACACAAUCAGCUGAAUUACAAAAUAAUUUCAAUGAUAUGUUUGAAUAUGCAAUGUCAGCAAAAGAAUAUACUAUUGUUAUUAAUAAUCAAUCAUAUACAGCAAAUAGUAAUGAAGAAACAGUAGGAUUUUUAAUUAAUAAUAUAAAUAUUGAUAAUACAAUAACGAAUGAAAUAAUAGUUCGAUCAUCUGAUGGUGAAAUAAAAGUUCCAUUGGAAUUGAAAGAAAAUAUAAGUCCACUUCAAGUUGUUCGAGCAUUAAAUUUAAUUUCACCAGAUGAUAAAGAAUCUGUUCAACAAAUUCGUACAUAUCUUUAUUCAAUUAUUCCAACAGGAAAUAUGAAUCUUACAGAAAAAUUAGAAUUAGAACAGAUUAAAAAUGAAAUUGAUGAACGAAUGAUGGAAUAUACAAAUUUAUUUACACAAAUUAAAAUGGGACAAGUACCUGAACAAGUUAAAUUAAAAUUAAGUGCAUUAAGACAUGAUGCUACAUUUGCUAAUGCACAACGACGUAAAAAAUUAGAUUUACGUAUUAAUAAAAAUGUUGAUUAUUUUCGUAAAACUGAUAUAAGUGGUAUAUUAGAUGGUUAUAAAAAAGAUAUUGAUCAACAAGGUUGGAAUGAUAUAAAACAACAAAAACCAGAUUGGAUUUGUACUUAUUCAAAUGAUGAUAUAUAUGAAAUGAUGAGAAAAACAUCUGAUAAUAUAAUGUGUUUAGGAAUAUUAAUAGAACGUAAUGAAGAAGCAAUAACAUCACCAACAAAAGGUUUAAAAUUAAUUAAUGUAUCAAAUACAAUUAUUUCAUAUGAUUCAUUUAUUGCUGCAAUGAAUUUAGCAAAAACUACACAAACAAAUGAUAAUAAUUAUGGACAAUUUAAUGGUAUUAACGAUGCUUAUUGUGUUGUUGGACAAUUACAUGAAAAAAUUAAUGCUGUUAUACCACUUUAUAUUAAUUAUGAACAUAUGAAACGUAUAAGAAUUUUAGAAGGUAUUUGGUUAGGUUAUAUGUUUACUUUAGAGGUCAUUUAUAAAGGACAUCCAGGCCAAAAAUGA